AUGGCGACUGCUGCGUCUCCUAUCACUCAAGUGUCCCAGACCCCGACAGGAGGUCUUAACCUCGCUGGUCCUGGCCAGCCACAGCUGUUGGCUCGGCUUCAGCUGGACCUUCGAGGUGUCCGCUUUUCGGUUGACCGCGAGAAGAUUAUGAACUUGCCUGAGUCUGUAUUGUUGUGUUUGUUUCCGAACGGACUAGUGCUCAGUCGUCAGAGCGUCGCUGGAUCGAGUGGAUACGAUGACGAAGAGGGAGAAGACGUCUAUAUCGUCGACUUUGACCCGGACUGCUUCGCCUAUGUCCUCGAGUUCUUCCGCAUUUCUCAAGACCGUUUUUACGGCACUGCCACAACCCCCGGGCUGCUCGCCGCACAACAGUCUCUUCUUGAUACGGCCUCGCCCUCUUCCUCUCCUGGCAUGGACUUUGGAUCUCCCAACCAGAACCCGCUCUUGAGCAAACAAGCGAUCAUUGUACUAAGGGAAGAACUCGAGUACUUUGUCAUUCCCCCCGAUGAUGGAGGCAAGUCGGGCGCCGGCACGGAUCAACAUGGUAUUGCGAAUCAAGUUUUACUCGACAUGAAGCGCGAGAGUGGAGUUCAACUGCUAGAGAAGCGACAGAUAUUCACCGCUUUACAGCGCAACGUGAACAAGGAAAACAACGUAGCCGAGCAGCAUUUGAUCGACAUGCUCUGUAUGUCCGGAUUUAACCGAGACGACGCGUGGGGCUAUCGUGCCCUUGAACCCUCUCGUUGCUGCAUUUCAUCAAUUGCUCUCGUGCUUCUCAAGACAGGCAUCAAUCAUCCAGCUGACGGUAGCCCAGUGACGGUCGAUCAACAGCAGAUGGCCACUGCACAAAAGUUGCUGCUAUUCUGGAGGAAACCUGCUCGCAAGUGCUGGUGGGACGGUGCCGAAGCUGUUCUCCCUCCGAGCAAGACCUCUCCCUCGCAUAUCGUCAAGUUGUGGGCAAGGCGGGUAUGGACGCUCGAACUGAGCUUGAUAUAA